CGAAUAGAACCCAAUUGACCAUCCAGGUGCACAACGACGCACAAACUCCAAAGCAUCAUGAAGACGCUGACUCUCCUCACUUUGUGUGCUGUUCUGUCAGCAUGCUGGUCCAUGGGAGCCGUGGACCCGGAGGUUGUGCUGGACGCUGACGCGGAUGUGACCGCUGAGGUUGCACCUACUGCUGCUGACACCGCACCUGCCUCUGAUUCAUCCUCCGAAUCCUCCUCAUCCUCUGCCUCAGACUCUGCCUCGGACUCUUCUUCAGAGUCUAAUUCAGACUCUUCAUCAGAGUCUAAUUCCAACUCUUCAUCAGAGUCUAAUUCAGACUCUUCAUCAGACUCUUCCUCCAACUCUUCUUCGGAGUCCUCCUCGGAAUCCUCCUCGAACUCCUCCUCGGACUCUUCUUCAGACUCAUCCUCAGUCAUUGUGAAGAGAGACCUGGCCUCGGUUCUCCUGAGGAGGAGGAGGGCUGGCCCAUCAGGAGACUUCAGCCCACUCCAGCUAGAGAGCCUGAGGGAGGUGUGUGAGCUGGACGUCGCCUGCGAUGAGAUGGCCGACACUGCAGGCAUCGUCGCGGCCUACGUUGCCUUCUAUGGGCCCAUCCCCUUCUAAUCACGACUUCGUCAUGCAAAUGAACUGCUUUCAAUUCGAUACCCUGUGUGUUAUUGCCACGGCGAGGCUGCAAGCUCCCAAAUGCGCCCGUGUGGGUCGUGCCCAUGUUGCAAGGCAGUGCGUUGGCAUGCACUGGCAGAGAUUAAGGGGCACAAGUGAAAAAAUUUCCCUUCAUUUUAAUUGACAUGGUUCCAUAUUUAAAAGGCCAAUUCUGUUUCGAGCUCUCCAGUCAU